GAUACAGACUAACACGGCUGCUCCUCUGAACCCGGGGUCAGAUUUGUCCUGGCAGUUAAGGGGGGGAUCCUAAUCUCAAAUCCUCCAGCUGCUUGUUAGCUGCCAGGAGGUAAUAAUUUUCCAUCCUUCACCCAUGUGUCCUGCCCUCCAGAGGAGCAGGAAGCAUUUCACACCCAUGGAUCAGUGUGCACAAGUCCCCUGAGUGGUGCGCUGCUGUCCCCAGCUUGCAGAAAGGGGAAACUGAGGCCCGGAGGGGGAAGUGACUCAGCCAGGGUCACAGCCCCCCCGCUGGAGGUGCGAACAAGAAGCCAGGAGUCCGGGCUGCGAGCCCAGUGCUUGACCCGGACCAUCCUGCUUUUCACUCAGCUGCCCGGUGGGAUGGGGGCUCGGCGCUGUACCUGGCGGGUCUCCCGGCUGGCUCCGCCCCAUCAGACUCACGGUCACAAGCACUAAGUGACCCAUCGCCGCGGUAUCCGGGCGCUGAGCAAAGGGGCCGCGGAAGAGCCUGGCUGGCGAAUCACCGCCGGCAGCUCCGGGGCGGGCCGCGCUCCGCGGUGGGCAGGGCUGGGCGCGGACCCUCCCCCUGCCCCGGGAAGAGGAAGGGAGAGAGGCCGGUCCCAGCACCCAGCGCCCCGGAGUCUGCUGGCUGGAGCCUGGCGCGCCCGGCGGCCCCCGAGAUGGAUCUGGACGGGCUCCUGCUGGACGAGGAGGGGGCCUUCUCCCUGAGCGGCUUCCAGGAGUUCACGUUUCUGCCAGGGCACCAGCAGCUGAGCGAGAGGGUGCGGAAGCGCUUGUAUUAUGGCUGGGACAAAGACUGUAGCCUGGAUAAUCUCUCCAGCCCGGUGGCAGGUGAGUCGUGCCUGUGUCUGCGAGGACGUGUGCUGAGCCAGGGACUGGAACUAGCUCACGGGCUGAAUGAACUCGGCCACCUGCCAAGGCUACGUCUACCCUUGAGCCGGUGCAGCACUUCAGCACAGAUGGGAGGGGGUCUCCCAGCCCUGUGCUUAACCCACCUCCCCGCGAGGCAGCGACGAGGUCGACGGGCGAAUUCUUCGGUCGCCGUAGCGCUGGCUGCGCCCGGGGACAUCGCCGUCGAGUUGCUCCAGAAAGCCGCUCCCAGCCCCAUCCGCAGGCUGCAGAAGAAAUACGUUUGCCACGUGUCUCGGGAAGCCUGCAUCUCGCCCUGCUCCAUGAUGCUGGCUCUGGUUUACAUCGAGAGACUCCGGCACCGGAACCCCGAGUACCUACAGCAGAUCUCCUCCUCGGACCUCUUCCUGAUCUCCAUGAUGGUUGCCAGCAAGUACCUGUAUGACGAAGGAGAGGAGGAGGAGGUGUUCAAUGACGAAUGGGGCGCAGCCGGCAAGGUGGGGGUGGAGACUGUUAACACGCUGGAGAGGAACUUCCUGAGGGCCAUUGACUGGAGUCUCUACACUGACCCCAAGGAGCUGUUUGAAGUGCUGAGCUGGCUGGAAGGAUGCGUGGCAAAGAGACAGGGCACCCAGCGUGGCUGGUUCACCUACACGGACCUGUGUGCCCUGCUGGAGCAGUCCCUCUGGCAGCAUGCCCUGGGCCAGUUCUACCAGCAGGUGGUGAAGCUGGCCUGCUUGCUGGGCGUGAUGUACUUGACCGGCAUUGCUGCAGUCUUCGCCUCCGUCACCGUGGUGCACCAGGUCGUGUAUAUGAGGAGCGCUGGCCCCGCUGCCCUCCGGCCUCUGCUGUUCCCCGUGGAUGGUGGGCGCCCGCUGGGCUCUGGGGCACCCCUCGCCCCCUGUGUCACUCAGCUGCGAGACCCUGCGCUGGCGCUCCCUGGCCCCCCUUCCCCCUCCUGCUCCGAGAGCAGCUCCCUUUGCCCGGCGGAGAACGAGACGGUGGAGGAGCAGCGCCGCCCUGGUGGCGGGGUGACGGCGACGGCACUGUACCUGUGGGGCAGUGUGCUGACGGCGCUGUCCUACACAGAGGCCCCAGGCUCUGCUCUGCAGACUGGUCCCCGGCAAGAGCCCCAUCUCGGCCCAACCUGCCUGAAACUCCACAGAGGGUGCAGCACCUGUGAGAGAUCCAACCGCACGAGCCCCAGCAGCCCCUUCGCCCCGCUCGCCCCCUUUGGACUUGGCCUGGGCCCCGCUCGCCCGGCGCUCCGGUGCAGUGGCUGCUCGGCCAGCCCCAGCUGGGGCUGGCAUCUGUCCGCAGCCCCCAGCCCCCAGGACUGGCCCGACCCCCUGGGGCUGAAGCAGUGCUCCUUGGAGGCAGCCAUGAAUUUGGGCAGAAUCAAGACAUUCAUCUUCCCCAGCUAGGGCUGCGCAGUGACCCCCCAUGGCCCAGCUCGGCCCCUAGAGAGACCCUGGCCUGUGGGGCUGGGAGGGCCAGGCCCCCACAUUAGUUCCAAGCCAGCAUUUGUACCCCGUGGGUUGGGCUUCUCUUCACCAGACCCUUCAGGCUUUACUGGGGGAGGGCAGCUGUGGGGAGGGUCUGGCUGAGUGCAGGGUGGGUUGUGUGUGUGUGUGCGUGGGUGUGCGCGCCUGGGUCUGGCACGUGGGCAUGGCGGCUGUGGGGGGCAGCAAGUCAGCUGGGGGAUUAGGGUGCCCCAAAGCAGGGGUGCCAGUCACCUGCACCUGACUGGUGCCUCCCUGUGAAGCUGGGAUCUUGGCCCCCAGCUGCAUUGGGCAGCGUGGAGGGUGGGGGGGAGCAGGGGUGACACAUGAGGCUCUGGGCUCUUGGGCUGCACAAAGGAGGGUCGGGGGGAGCAACCCUGAGCAGACUGGGGGGGCAAGGGCACUCUCUGAAGGGGCUAUAAGCUCCAGAGGGGAGUCAGGGGUGUGAGUGACGGGGCCUGACUGCUCGGAGUGGAUCUGCUGGGCGUGGGGAGAAGGGGCUGGUUCUGCUGCCCAUCCUCACCUGCUGUGCCAGCUCUCGCCCCGCCCAGCACCAGCUCUUUUUACGUGGGAUUUUAAACCUGCUUUUCACUCUUUUGUAGAUGAAAAUCUCUUCCAAUAAAGGUAGCUCUGGCCGUG